GCUGUGCACACUGAGUAUAUAUUAAAAGUGGUUAGAUACCAAUCAUUUUUAUUUUUAAAAUACAUUUAUUCAGGACAAAACACCUUGCAGUCAUAAUGCUGAUAACAAGGACCUUUCUGGUUGUACUGCUGGCCGUUCUGCUGGUUAGCCCCGCCGACAGCUGGCGUAUCAGAGUCAGAGGAAGGAAGUUGCAAGAGGCAGUAAAAAAGGUUGGCUGCAAGUUGUUGUACGGUGUAGCCUGUCCCAUAGCUAUACAGGCAGUGGGUUCGGUGAUUGAAGCUAACACCGGGGGGAUUGCAGCGCCCGUUGUGGAGCCCUUGAAAGAAGCCGGAGCCGAUAAGUGCGCUGUCAAAGCAGACGAUUGCAAACGAAGUGUAAGCACAUCAACAAUAAUGGUACCUUUCUCCGACGAGUUCUCUGACUACGACACGAAUGACGACAAGCAGAUCUCGUACGAGGAGUUCGUGUUCGUUGUCAUCAAGACGGUCACAUUGGCGGACCCCAGCCAGCUCCGGGAACCAUUCUUCAUUGCCGACGACAAUGGAGACGGCGUGUUGGAUAUUGACGAAUUCCAGGGAGCUCCCUUCCUGUUUGCGCACAUAAUGCACCAUCAACAUCAGAAAGAACACAUAAUAACCAGGGAAACGGUUAUUGGUGGGGAUGAAAUGACCGAUGCAGUUGGAGUUAACAUCGUCCCAGCAGAAGCCACAACGGCAACAAACAGUACGACGGUCAAUACGCAGAAUGUUAUUGUUGAUGAUGGCAUGCUUGCAAACCAGACCAACGUUGCAAUGAAUUAGUCGUCUUACAAAAUGAUUUGAUACAUUAAGUUGACAAUACAAAUGAUUCACAUUUUGACAUUUAUUUCUUAUUAUUGAGUUGUAUGUAUUAUCCUGUUUGCGUUGGCACGUUGUCACCAUUCUGUAAUUAAAAGUAAUUUCUCUCCUGAUAAUGUGCUUUGAUUUUGUAUUUGAAUUUCUAUAUUUAAUUGUAUUUUUCUUUGUUGCUUCGAUUUGUAUACAUUGCACCGAAGUAGCUCAUGUAUUUAUGUAAGGUUGUCUCAAAAUUAUGAAAGACUUAGACAACGACAUUUUCCAUAUGCGUCUUGUUAUGGAAUAUGAAAAUGUCCGAAAUGCAAUUUAUUCUCGAAAAUAUUAUGUUAUGUUAUCACAUUGAAACUUGACAACCAGGGUCAAUAUAUUAUUUUGUAUUUAAAGAUAUUUCAACCAAUCGUUGUCAUACGUUAAAUAAACAAGUUGACUUA